AUGGACGAUGCAUUCUUUUCUAUAUUGGUAGAUAAAUCACGUGAUGUUUCAAUAAGAGAGAAAAUGUCAGUGGUGUUGCGUUAUGUGAACAAAAAAGGGCAAGUAAUUGAAAGGUUUGUGGGUGUCCAAUAUGCCUCUGAUACAACUAGUAGCAAAUUGAAAGAAGCAAUUGAGCAGUUGAUUUCUUCAACAAAUUUGAGCAUGUCCAGGCUACGAGGACAGGGGUAUGAUGGCGCUAGUAAUAUGAGAGGUGAGCUCAAUGGUCUUAAAACACAGAUUUUGAGAGAAUAUCCUCUAGCAUAUUAUGUCCAUUGUUUUGCACAUCAACUACAACUAGCUCUUGUUGUCGUGGCAAAGGGAAAUGAAAACAUUGCUACUUUCUUCACAACGGCUAGUAGUGUCGUAAAUAUUAUUGGAGCAUCGUGUAAGCGUCGUGAUGCACUUAGAGAGCAACAACAAAAAGAUAUUAUGAAAACUCUUGAAAUUGAUGAUCUUGAAACGGGGCGAAGGUUAAAUCAAGAGACUACUCUCAAACGUCCUUGUGAUACACGUUGGAACUCACAUUAUGAUACUUUACUUAGUAUUAAUAUUAUGUUUCAUCCCGUGGUGAAGGUGCUUGAAUGGAUUGUUGAUGAUGUCAACCAAGAUAAUUUAGGUGAAGCAAAUAGGGAAGUAUCAAUAUUUUGUGGUAAAAAUGAUAUUGACGUUCCUAACAUGGAUGAUUUAUUUGUACCACAAGGGAGAUCAAGACGUAAAGCUCAGAAAAUCACAAACCGCCAGUAUUAUCGUGUGGACUUAUUUCUUACUAUCAUUGAUAAGCAACUAGUGGAAUUGAAUAAUCGCUUCACUGAGGUAAAUACUGAAUUGCUUCUUUGUAUGGCAUGUUUGAGUCCGGCUUAUAAUUUUGCAGCUUUUGACAAACAGAAAAUACUUCAUUUUGCUAAAUUUUACCCUCAAGAAUUUAAUGACCGAGACCUCAUGAAGCUUGAGACCACUUGGGCUUUAGAUUGUUGA